AUGAAACUGCCUUUGAACAGGCAGUCGGAGCGGUAUGGAUGCCCUCUCCCAGAGAACCUGUACCCAUACACCGUGUCCAGACCCAUCUACUCCAACCCCACGUUUGAGGAGGACAACGAGAGGCAGGCCGGUGAGGAGAGGACUCUGAGGGAUAGACUCAGCCGCACCUGCCUGGCAUAUGCCCUGCUUGUGUCCGUGGCUCCAGUCUAUAGACUCUACUCUUCCUUCUUCCCCAUCCUCACCUACUUCCUGCUGGGCACCUCCAGACACAUCUCUGUAGGCUCCGUCGUGUUGACCCUCGCCCCCGAUAACCACUUCCUGCUUCCUGGGAAUGGCACCGGUGUGAAUGGAACAAAGGCUGAUAGGAUUGUGGUGGACGUGGAGGCCAUGGAGGCCCAGAUUAUCAUGGUGGCGUCGUCCAUGACUGUGCUGGUCGAGCUGUUCCAGGUGUUCCUCCCCAUAAAGGUGGUAAUGGGGCUGCUCCAGGUGGGCUUCCUGGUCUGUUACCUGUCAGACCCCCUGGUGGGCGGCUUCACCACGGCCGCUGCCUUCCACGUCCUCAUCUCCCAGCUGAAGAUAGUCCUCUCCGUCCCCACUAACAACCACAGCGGCUGCUUCUCCAUCCUCUACACGCUCAUCAACGUGUUUACCAACAUCAGACAGACCAACAGAGCUGACCUGGCGGCCGGUCUGCUCACCAUUGUCAUCGUCAUGGCCGUAAAAGAGGUCAACACCAAAAUCCGGCACAAGAUUCCCGUCCCCAUCCCCAUCGAAGUGAUUGUGACCGUGGUUGCCGCUGGAAUCUCCUACGCCACGGUGCUGGAGUCGCGCUACGGCGCCAGCAUUGUCAGCCCCCCAAACAUAGAGCUGCUGUGGAACAUUCUGGGCUCUAGUUUCUCUACAGCGGUAGUGGGCUAUGCAGUGGCUGUCUCUGUGGCCAAGGAGCUGAUAGCGUUCGGGUUCAGCAAUGUGUUCUGUGGCUGCUUCUCCAGCUUUGUGGCAAGCACUGCACUGUCCCGCACCGCUGUACAGGAGAGCACCGGUGGCAAGAGUCAGAUGGCUGGUAUAAUCUCAGCUGUGAUGGUAAUGAUUGUGAUCCUGGCUCUGGGGCACCUCUUGGAACCCCUGCAGAAGUCAGUGCUGGCAGCCAUCGUCAUCGCCAACCUGAAGGGAAUGUUCAUGCAGGUGACAGAGGUGCCCACACUGUGGAGACAGAACAGAGCAGACUGUUUCAUUUGGCUGGCGACCUGCCUGGCUUCUGUGGUGUCGGGUCUGGACGUGGGACUGCCGGCUGGCCUGCUGUUUGAGAUGGGAACUGUGUUGGUGGGGUUUGACUCUGUCAGAGUGUUCAAGAAGAGGAAUAAGGCCCUCAAGAAGAUUCACAAACUCAUAAAGAAAGGGAAACUGAGGGCGACAGAGACCGGGGAGGUGGUAUCCGAGGUCUCCCUGGGUGUCGAAAAAAAGGGUUUCGAGAGCGAGCGGGACAGUGGGCGGGAGUCCGGGCAGGUGGAGGACGGGGAUUGGCCUGUGCCAGAGGUGGAGGUCCGUGUGGAUUGGGCCAUGGAGCUGUCAGUCAGGGUGUCGGUACCUAAGGUCCAGCUCCACAGCCUGGUAUUGGACUUUUCAGCCGUGUCCUUCCUAGACAUGGUGGCUGUCAAGUCCCUCAGACAGGUGGGGCGGACUCUACUACUGGUACCAUCCAUAUGA